CGUCACAUGAAACAUCUUCACAUAAACUCUGGCAGCCGUGUCUCUCUGAAUAAUUGUCACUCCAAAGUUACUUCACCUUUGACAACAUGGAUGUGUCAAACAGAAGAAUUGUCAUGCUGGGAAAAACUGGAGCUGGAAAAAGCAGCCUGGCUAACACCAUAUUUGGAGAGGAACAGUUCAAGAUCGACCAUACUCUCAACUCUGGAACAGGUGAAUGUAAAGCAGAAACCAAAUCUGUCAAUGGAAGAAACAUCACUUUAAUCGACACUCCUGGUUUCUUUGACACUGAUAGAUCUGAGUACAUGAACUGUGAGAUAGUGAGGUGUAUCACAGAGUGCGCUCCUGGUCCUCAUGCUUUUCUUAUUGUGCUUAAAGUGGAGAAAGUCACAGAGCAGGAGCAGGCUGUCAUCAAAGAAAUAAACGAAUGCUUCUCUGAUGAAGUCUUCAACUACGCAACAGUUGUCUUCACUCAUGGUGACCAGCUCCCUGAAGGACGGAAAAUUGAGGAUUUUGUCCGCCAGAAUAAGUUCAUGAAUGAUCUGGUGAAGAAGUGUGGCAGCCGGUGCCACGUCUUUGAUAACAGAUACUGGAACAAUAUCCCCACAAAUGAUUACAGGAGCAACCAGUUCCAGGUGGAGGAGCUACUUAAGUCAAUAGACAAGAUGGUGAUGGAAAACAACGGAAGCUGGUACACCAAUGAGAUGCUACAAGAAGUGGAGGAAGAAAUACAACAGGAGGAGGAGCAGAUUCGACUGUUACCAGGAGACAUGUCAGAGAAAGAGAUCAGAGAGCUGGCUAGGGGCAGAGUAUUUCAUAAGCUUUCGAUUAAACUAGCAGGCACUGUAACAGGUACAUUGUUGGGAGCAUUGUUUGGUGUAGUAGUGUUUGUUGGAGUAGUUGUCACAAGUUUAAGUGAGACUUCAGAGCCAGUAAAAUUACGGCAAGCUAUAUCCCAAACUGCAAAAGCAGUAGGAGCAGCACUAGCAGGAACAGGAACAGCCGCAGCAGUAGUAGGGGGGCCAGCAGCAGCAGUAUCUGGAAUAACAUUAGGCACACUUACAGGGGUAUCUGCUGCAGUGGGAGCAGUGAAAGGAGGUAUUGCAGGAUAUCAAGCAGCUGAGGGAGCAGACACCCCACGGGAAGCAACAGAGAGGGCAGCAGAGGCUGUCAAGAAAGAAGCCCAAUCAGCCUUAGAUAAAGCAAACGAUGUUGUGAACAGACUGUACCAAACGUAAAACAGAGUCAAAAUCUAUAACAAGAUUCUUGAAAAGGGAGAGAUAAUUUAUGAUUAAAGUCUUGUAUCUCCCUGUAGAUUAAAUGAAAAUCUUGUAUCAAAUGUCAUGACAACCCAUCCAAUAAUAAAAGUCCAAAUCUUUAACUUUAUAGUGAUGCUAUGUAAAUGUCAGGGGC